UAUCGACUUUUUCCGGCUGAAAACUGAGGUUAUGUUACACUUGUCGACAUUUCAGACCGCGAGCCCCGCGCGAGGUUUCGUGAGUUUCGUCUCGGCCGACUGGCUUCGAUCUCGUUGACGAGCACGAACCCCAAAGUGUUGGAGGAAGGGGAUAUACACAGCCUAUACGGUGCGCGUGAUAUCCCCCGCGAGAGAACGUAGAGAUGCCCGUUCUCGCACGUAUUCCGCGCCAAGAUCGCCGAGUCGCAUGACGAUCAAUGACGAUUUCGCACGGCACGUAAACGCCUGCACGCCCGCAGUUAUGCGCUUCCAUUGUGAGAAUACAAGUGCUUUAUGGUGAUAAUAUGUCAAAACCAAACAUAAGGAAGAUAACGGCUGACCCUACGAAAUGUAAUACAGACUCCUCACGACGGCCGAGUGUGUUUGAGAGGUUGGGCACCAAACCAGCGAUCGCCGCUGCCGCCGCUGCCGCCGCCGCCGCCGCCGCUCAGAAUACAUCGGAUUAUUGCAGAAAUUGGGCCCUCAACGGCAGUUGUUCCUACGGAAAGAGUUGCAAAUACGCAAACACACACACAUUGAUAAGCCCAUCCAAGCGUGCUAAGAAAGAUAAUGCGAUCGCAGGCACAUCCGGGCUCAUUGAGGAUCCUUUUAAACGGCUCACAUCGAAGAUCGUGAAGAAGGCGUCGCACAGCCCGGACUUAAACAUAGAAGAGUGGAAUCAGACAGAUCUCGAGUACGAGGACGAGAAGGUAUUGGAGAGACGGCGGCAAUUGUUACAACGGGAACUGGAAUUACAAAUGAAGAAGGACAAAGAGGUACAUGGCAAGGAUAAAGUAAGGCAGAAGAAAAAAGCGAUGAGCUCAUCCUCUAGUUCACGCACAUCCAGCACGUCUAGCAGUAGCAGCAGCUCCAGCAGCGAAGACUCGUCUUCCACAUCGACGUCGGACUCACACAAGAAAAUCAAAAAGAUCAAGACCAAGAGACACCAUAGUAUUUCCGCCGACUAUAGCGAGGACAAAGAAAGAAAGAGAAAAUUGAAGCUCAAGAGACUAGGAACGAGAAACGACAAAGCCGUCAACAAGAAAAAACGCAAACUCGACAAUUCCACGAAGAAGGAUCUUACCACGAGAUCGGUCAAGAAGUAUGGUACGUCGACUGUAUCCAGGAAACAUUCUAGCUCAUUGCGCGCUAGAUCACCCACGAUACAGCAGGGAUCUACGAGCGGAGUUACGUCUGCGACAGCCGCAACGUUGGGCUCGCAGGUUUCUGUAGCGCAUCACGCGCCGUCGUCCAGCAAGAUCCGGGAAAGAAACAGGAGUGAAUCGCCGAAAGCAGUAAAGAGUAAUCGGGAAGUGGACAGCAAGGAGGACGGUAGGCAUUACAAGAAGGUGCGUGAUAUGGAUGAGUGUCUGCCCAAGGACGCUGUCAAGUGCAAGUCAUUUGAUAAGAUCAAGGAGCAACAGGAGAAAGAAAAGAACCGUGCUAUCGACGAGAAAACCAAAUCGGACGAUCGGUUGAGAUCUAAAUGCAAGGACAAGGACGUGCGUUCGCGUACGCCGCCGCCGCCGCCGCCAUCGUCAUCGGAACGCUCGUCCAAGUACCAGCACAUUAAGGAGAACGCGUCGUCGAAAAUACAACGCAGUCGGACGCCGUCGAGGACAAGGCGCGAUCUCACGCCGGCGAAGAAUCCUGAGAAACAAGGCAACUCGUCGAAUCGCAUGAGGGACGCAGAGAAGAAAGAUCGCGACUCGCACAAGAGGGAUAAAAGCAAAGAACGGGAUGACGCGAGAAAAAACGAGCAGACGUCUACCGGCAAAGGAAAACAAACGAUCACCUCGAAUCAAGACGACAGCUAUCGAAGGAGCAACACGAGCAAGGAUAAUUUUGAUGACAAGACCUAUGGCGGCGACAAAGCGCGACAGAAAAGUCGCGAACGUCAACGUGAGAAAGAGACGAGAGACGAGACGCGCCCAAGAUUGACUCGUGAUCAACGCCAAGAGCCUCAGCGCGACAAGGAUAAGGACGAAUCUCAGGAGCGCUGUCGCAACGAGAGGCAGCGCGAACGAGAUCGUGAUCGGGAUCGAGAUCGCGAGAGAGAACGCGAACGCGAUAGAGAGAGGGAUAGGGAUCGCGAGCGAGAACGGGAGCGGGAUCGCGAGCGGGAGAGAGACCGAGAGAUACGAGAGCGGGAUCGCGACCGGGAUCGAGAAAGGGAGAAGUCUAUGAAGUCACGAGAAAGGGACGUGCCCGCGGUAAUUUCGCCCGCGGCGUUGAGCCUAUCGGCGGACAAGGGUUCGCGUUACAGCGGUAGAAUCAAAGAACGACCCCUGGGCAAGGAUGUGCCGUUUGAAAAGAGCGGCGGCACUCGCGAGCGAAGCAGGAGCGAACGGGAACGCGAACGAUCCGAAACGAAGGCUCUCACCGAGCGGGAACGAGGCUCCGCGCAGUCACGUCUGGACGGGAGGUACGAGAGAAGUGGCGUUGUCGAGAAGGAUGUGUCGUCGAGCCGCAGCAAGUCGACCGUCAAUUCGCCUCGGGAUCGCAUGGAUCGUUUUCGGGAAACGUCUCUGGAUCGUGCAUCCUUGCACGAGAAAAGCGGACACGUCGCGACGUCGUCGAGCAUUCAGUCAGCGGCGACAUUGCCGCCCGUGCCUUCGGCCUCGUCCUCCUCGUCGGUAGUGCAAGCUGUGACACCCGCUCUCUCAUCAUCUCGCGAUCAUCUUAUGGAUAUGGACGGACACUACGACAGGGACCGGCACAGAAGGUUCGGCGUGAGAUACGAACGGGCUCACACGUCGGAGCACAGCGGCAGAAAGGACCAGGCGCGAAUCGAAUCGAGUCGCGUUCCGAGCAAGAUCGACCGAAUAGUGGAUCGUCGGGACACGAACAGCCCGCGACGCGCCAUAGAGGUGGACAGGAACUUUGGUAGGAACUACGGCAGAAUGCCGGAGCACUGGGAAGAGCAUUCGGAGGAAUCGGCUCCGCACGUCGAGUAUCGGGAUCACGCUCACAUCCACGAGGAUGACAGGAGAAAGACUAUCGAGGGCAGACGAUACGACAGUCCCUUUGAGGAGAGACGCGUCGCUCGCGACGAGAGACCCAGAGAGUCGAGAUACGUCAUCCAGACUACAGAGCGAGCAUCCUUCGACGAUCAUCGUCAUCAUCACCAUCAUCAUCGACAUCCUUUGUAUCCUGGUGAUAAGUUGAGAAGUGGUGGAUCCAGUAUUAGAGAUGAAACUGUUUCUAACGAUAAUUGGGAAGGACAUCACCGUGACGUGGAGCACGGUCGAGACCGUGGUUAUCAAACGGUAGAAUGGGAGGAGAGGGAAUGGCGCACUAGAACAUUAUGGGAAGGCAGAGACAGUCUUCCUCGUUCGGAGAUACAUGACGACGAGUGGAAUUCUCGAUAUGAAAAUCCUGUAAACGAGUGGAAAUCCAACGAGACGCGGAAGUGGGAUAAUCAGAAUGUUCACGUUCGAUCGCAUUAUAGGAACGAGCGCACGAAGGACUUGGAGCACGGAGAAUCUACACAACAUAGCAAGAGACGAUCGUACAAUGCGCCGGAAGCAAGAGAAGAGCCGACGAUUCAUCCUGCUGCUAAGCAAGCAGCUAUUUACGGCAGCAUGAAAGAAGAACCUAUCAACAAGAAGCUGAUGGAACUAGCUGAAGGUAGAUUGUGCACUACUAGAGAAAAAUCCACGGAUAAUUUUCAAAAGAAGAAUCAACAUCAGCCAAAGGAUAAAUCCGAAAUCAAGGAACCCAUUGUGGUAGAACCAAAACGUCCCAUCGCUGAUGAGUCCUUGCAGACCCUUCAUACCGAGAGCGACUUGAGUGAUAUUAGCGAUGAUCCUGAUGAUAUAUUGAAUAUGGAAGAAGAUACCACGGAUAUGGAAACUAAUAAAACACGGACGAAUAAGAAAGCAGCAGAUGCUGCGCAUCGCGAUACGCAGUCAACUGUACAAGAGCCAGCUCAGUUAUCUCCGAAAGAACCUGCGGAAGAAACUAUUUUUAGUUCAAAAUCUAAGGAUACUGCCGAUACAGUAUCACUGAAAAAUAUGGAAGACGACAACAUGGAAACUAUGGACUUCGAAGAAAUUUCUGAUGGCGAGCUAGAGGAGGACAUCAAAACGAGCGGGAAAGGAUUAGGUGAUGCCUUAGGAGUCGAUUGGGAAUCUCUCGUGAAAGAAACUCAAGCGAGGAGAAUUGCCCCGUCCAAUCAAGACUCUGCAGAGAAUCGAUGGCAGUGUAAAGCUAUUUUCUAUAGAAUCGGUAUAUCUAAGAAGUAUGCGGGUGAAGAUUUUGUGAAAAAGUUGCUAAAAAAGUAUGAGAAGAACGAUCAUAAAGAAUUUUUGUUGAAUGAUAUUGCGCUAAUGCACACAGCGCUCGCGCGGAAUCGGUUGCUUCAAGAUUUAGGUAAUGGCGCGGUGCAUGCUAUAGAUGAUACUUUGUAUAGAAACAAUAAUGCAAGUUACGAUGAAGAUGUGGACUAUGAUUGGGAAACGCUGAAGCCCAGUACUGCCUUAUACGAAGAAGCGAAAUGUUUAUUACAGCAAGUAACAUGAAAAAGUAAUUAGAUUUGUACAUAACGUUAUGAAUGGUUACAUGUUUUUUUUGUAUUCUACAUAAAGUUUAUUAUACAUACAGAAUGGGAUGUAUGGUACAAGCAAAAGUUUCUACAAUAAUUUAAAUUAUUUUAUUAAAUGGAAUGUAUGUACAUUAUGUAUUAAUAGCCACUAUAUCGAGAUAAAUUUGAAAACACAAAAUUGAAGAAUAUAUAAGAAGCUAUUAACUUUCAAAAUCAUGUUUUUGAAAUAAGAGUUAUAUUUAAAAA